UUAUCUUUGGUAUUUAUUAGUAUGUUGCAUCCCUGUUUGUAUUGUCCAUAACUCAUUUUUUCUCAAAGUUCUUUCUCCUUUUUGUUGCUAUGGCUGCUACCAAUGAAGUCAUUGUGGCCAUGGUACCAUUUUAUGAUUACAGCCAUCUCAAUAACCUCUUAGAUCUCUCUCGUUUCAUCGCGUCCCAUAACAUACCAGUACACUUCAUCUCAUUUGUUGAUAUGAACCGAGAUUUGAAACUUCGUCUCAAAGGUAGUCCCGGGGCCUCAAACAUCCAUUUCGAAGACCUUUUGAGACCUUCAGCUCCAACAGAAAAUGAUGUUCGCGAUGGAGAGCCUCCGAUUCUAGUGUUCCUGGAAAAACUAACAAAGCCUAUUAAUGAAAUAUGUGUUCAACUCUCUACAAAAGCAAAAAAGUUAGUCAUUGUUCAUGACCUUAUAAUGAGUGAACAAAUAUUGGAAGUAAAUACAUUGUCGAAUGUCAAAAGUUACAUGUUCCAUACAGGAUCGACUUUUAGCAGAUAUUCAUCCAUCAAACAAACGAUUCCUGACUUAGUUGAUGAUGACGAUGAUCACGUCAAGUUUAUCAAGGAAAUGCAGGAUGAGUUUCCAUUACUGGAGGCACAUGAGAAAUAUUGUUUCCAAAUGGAGCUUGAUGACAAGGAUAUACAUUACUCCGGAGAAAUCAUAAACUCGUGUAGAGAAAUGGAAGGUAAGUACCCAGAUUUACUUGCGAAAGCAAAAGGCAAGCCGUUAUGGGCUUUUGGACCAUUUCAUAUGCUGCUAGAAUCAAACUCUAACAUCACUCCGCGUCAUGAUCAAUGUCUAGAAUUUCUCGACAAGCAAGAGGCCAGCUCAGUGAUAUUCGUGUCAUUUGGAUCAACGACUACAUUAUCACAGGAGCAAAUCAAUGAGAUUGCUCUGGGUUUAGAACAGAGUAAUCACAGAUUUAUUUGGGUACUAAGAAAAGGAGAUAACUCGGAGAAACUUAAAGAGAAAGACGUAAAGAUUGAAUUACCAAAAGGGUUUGAAGAGAGAGUGGAAGGAAGAGGAAUAGUGGUUAAUUGGGCACCACAGUUGGAAAUAUUGGGGCAUUUAUCUACGGGUGGAUUUAUGACUCACUGUGGAUGGAAUUCAUGUAUCGAGAGCAUUAGCAAAGGAGUACCUGUAGCAACUUGGCCAAUCAGUUACGAUCAGCCAUUUAACGCUGUAUUCCUAACGAAUAUGUUGAAGAUUGGAAUCGCUGUCAAGAGUUGGUCUCACCGCAAUGAACUGAUAACAGCAUCAACCAUUGAGAAAUCUGUCAAGACGUUGAUGGGUACGGUAGAAGGGGAAGAGAUGAGGCAAAGGGCAGUGAAAUUGAGCAAACAGAUGAAAAACUCUGUUAGGAGCGGAGGACUUGCACGCAAGGAUAUGGAAGCUUUCAUAUCACAUAUUAUUGAAUAACUUCACCGUUGAAAUUUGCUUUUAGUUACUGCAUUCGCAAAAUAAGUUGUUUAGUUUGAGAUGAAGUUGAAUUUUGGUUAAGUUGUUUGAGUUGUUGAAUUUCAAAUUAAGCAGAUUAUGAGUUUAUGGUGGCUAUUCAAAGCUAAUAAAAUUAUUGACAGUCAUUUCAAUCCAUUCA